GGUGAAGCCCCAAACAGCUGUAUAAUUAGCACUAUUACUAAUCAUGUUAUUAUAAUUUGUGAUCUAUCCAUUGCCUCUUUGACUCAUUUGGCAUUAACAACAUGAAGAAUUAUCUUCAACUUGGGAGCUACUUCUACUUGUUCCUUCUCUUAUUGUUGUUUACCAUAUCCUUCCACUAUACUAUUGGCAGUGCUGGAGAUGGACAAGAAGAAGAGCAGCAGAUUCAAGAACAACUCCAUGUGAAGAGUAAGACUCCUAUUAUAGAGACUGUCAAGAAAAUGUUUUCCUUCCCCACUUCUUUUCCUCAAACUUCAGCCAAUUAUUGGAGCAGAUUCGAAUCACUAAUCAAACAAGGCAAGGCCUACUUCUCCCCUCCAACUCUAGAUUUCAGAGAUAGCCAGGAAGCACAGGCCAGGGCUGAAGGGGGAGCAGCACCAGGUGAAAAGGUGAAAGAUGCAGUACUGAAAAGCCUUGACAAGAGUAAAGCGGCCUUGGAAGAAUCCGCCAAAUCAGCAGCAAAAUUAGCAGGGGAAGCAGUGCAGAAGACUGCGAAGAAGAUGAAAAGAACAUUUUCUUUUGAAGAUAGAGACCCUGGACACGAAGCGGAUGAGCUGUAAAACUUUUUUCUUUUUUUGUAAAAUAAAUGUGAAUAAUUAGCACCUUGGAAGUUUAGCUUAGUUUCAUAAUGUAUGUACUGGUAUUUCCACUUGAUUAGCGUUGUUUUUCCAUUGGUUUGUUCA